UGUAUUUCCUAUCAUCCUAAUGCUCACCCUUCCCAUAAUAAUAUAAAGAAAAAACAAUGAAAAGAUGAUAACUUAGUUCAUAUAUUCCAAAAUGUCGGCUCAUAUUUUAGUCAAAUUGCUCAAUCUCAUUGAUUACCCUUUUCAUUAUAAUAUUAUUCUACUCAAAUGAAGCUGUUCUUUCACCGUCUUCUUCAAAUACAUAACACUGAAAACUGAAGCAAUUAGUCCUCUCUCUCAGUGCUUUGCUUUAAUGCCAAAUGGCGGCGUUUUGCACGUACUGCUAUUUCCAUGGCUGGCCUUGGGCCAUCUCAUUCCCUUUGCUCGACUCGCCAUUUGCUUGGCCCAAAAGGGUCUCAAAGUUUCCUUCAUAUCAACCCCAAGAAACCUCAGUAGAAUUACCAAAAUACCCCCACAUCUCUCCUCCGUCGUCAGCCUUAUCGGCGUUUCUCUGCCUCCCGUCGACGGUCUUCCGGCCGCCGCCGAGUCUUCCUCCGACAUCCCGUACAACAAGCAACAACUAUUGAAGAAGGCCUUCGACUCUUUGAAAUCGCCAUUGGCUGAUUUGCUUCGCGAUCUAAAUCCUGAUUGCAUUAUCUAUGAUUACGCCUCUCACUGGCUUCCGCCGCUCGCGGCGGAGCUGCGUAUUUCGUCUGUUUUCUUCAGUCUCUUCACCGCCGCGUUCCUUACCUUCCUCGGCCCGCCGUCGGAACUUUCCAACGGCGGAGGUUCCCGGUCAACGAUCGAGGAUUUCAUGGAGGUUCCUGAGUGGAUGCCCCCUGGAUCGAAUAUCCUCUUCCGGUACCACGAGUUAAAAAAAUCCUUGGAUGGAGCAAUAGGCAAUGAAUCGGGAACGUCCGAUUCGGUCCGAUUUGGAGUUUCGAUCGAAGAGAGUGUUGCUGUGGCCAUAAGAAGCUCUCCGGAACUGGAGCCGGAAUCAUUCGAUUUGCUCACAAAGCUCUAUCAGAAACCAGUCAUUCCGGUUGGAUUUCUACCUCCAUUAAUGGAAGAUGUGGAGGAAUUGAGCGAAGAUAUCGAGGAAUGGUUGGAGAAACAGAAAUCGAACUCAGUCCUGUACGUUUCAUUCGGAACUGAAGCGUUUCUGAGUCAAGAAGACGUCACUGAAUUAGCCUUCGGGCUAGAGCAAUCUGAGAUUCCAUUUUUGUGGAUUCUGAGAACUUCACAUCGGAACGAGUCGGAAAUGUUACCGGCCGGAUUCAAAGAGCGAGUCGAAGGUCGAGGACUGGUUCACGAGGGAUGGAUCUCGCAAGUGAAGGUACUGAGUCACGACUCGGUUGGCGGUUGUUUGACUCACUGUGGAUGGAACUCGAUCAUCGAGGGACUCGGAUUUGGACGAGUUAUGAUUCUGUUUCCUGUUGUGAACGACCAAGGAUUGAACGCAAGAUUGUUGGAGGAGAAGAGAAUUGGGAUUGAGAUUGAGAGGAAUGAAAGAGAUGGAUCGUUCAGCCGCGACUCGGUUUCAGAAUCGGUGAGGUCGGCCAUGGCGGAAGGUUCAGGUACAGGCAACUUGUUGAGAGAGAAGACGAUGGAAAUGAAGGGGUUGUUUGGAGACGGAGAUAAGAAUGAACGUCAUCUAGACGAGUUUGUCCACUUUCUCAAGGCAAACAGGAAUUAACAGCCUUAGUGAUAAAAUUUAGAUUAAAUUAUACCGUGUUUGAAAUAACUCCGACAACCGAAUAACUUGUAGUAUCCAAUCUAAAUUAUAAAGAUUAGGAUGAAAUUUGAAUUAUCCGAACCCAACCCGAAUCUUUAAUAUAUAUAUAAGAAAAUUAUUAUAGAUAAUCCUAAAAAUAUUAGCAAAAAUUCUUACACUAUCCAAUCUAAAUUAGAUUUUGAUAUUUAACAUUUGAGUUUUAUGAAAUUUUAGUUAUUAAUAUGUGUUG